GACUUGUGAGCUUGGCGCGGUGGAAGGAACGGGAGGAGGGAGAGAAACAGAGGACUCCGCAAGCAUGCAGAUGGUGGCCUUCAGCAGCUUCCUGCUCCCCCCGCCGUCGCCUCCGCUGCCCAGCCCCGCCGCAGCCGCCGCCUCCGCCUCCACCUCCUCGUCCUCGUACCCAGUGGCCACGCACCGCGGCCGCCGCCCGCGGGAACCUCGCUGCCGCUGCGGCCGCUCGCCGGAGAUAACCCCCGCCACCACCACCAGCAGCGGCUCCGGCGACCGCGGCCCGUGCGAAGAGGAGGACGCCUCCGCCCCGCCUCCCCUCCCCGUCGAACUCGACAGCGCCGCCGCCACAUCCGCGGACAGCCUAACCGGAAGUGCGACGCCAAGAUAUCAGGCAACUUCGACUAAAGGGGACACUAGGAAUGGAGAUUUUGAAAAAUGGGAAAACAAUCAACGCGGGACAGAUGGUUUAUCCAGUAGCAAGUCCAAGUCAGCUUACUCCAAAGCAUUUGGGGUGGAUUUGUCCCCUGAUAACGUGGCUGUUGCCACUGUUUAUUUUGUGCAAGGAGUUUUAGGUCUUUCCAGACUAGCUGUCAGCUUUUACUUAAAAGAUGAUCUUCAGCUUGAUCCGGCAGAGACUGCAGUUAUAACUGGUUUCUCAGCUUUGCCGUGGUUGGUCAAGCCUCUUUAUGGUUUUAUCAGUGAUUCCGUCCCCCUCUUUGGAUAUCGAAGAAGGUCAUACCUCAUUCUAUCAGGACUCCUAGGAGCAAUUUCAUGGAGCUUGAUGGCAACAGUUGUGGAUGAUAAGUACAGUGCAGCGCUCUCUAUUAUUCUUGGAUCUCUUGCAGUUGCCUUCUCUGAUGUUGUGGUUGAUUCUAUGGUCGUUGAGAGAGCUCGGGGUGAGUCACAGAGUACAUCUGGAUCUCUCCAGUCACUAUGUUGGGGAUCCUCAGCCUUUGGGGCAAUUGUGAGCGCAUACUUCAGCGGUUCUCUAGUGGAUACUUAUGGUGUAAGAUUUGUUUUUGGUGUUACGGCAUUUUUACCCCUGAUGACAUCUGCUGUUGCAGUUCUUGUAAAUGAACAGCGUUUGUGUUCUGAGGAACGUUCCAUCUCACUUCCAAGUUCAGGAUUGAUUGAAAGCUCUAAGCAGCAGAUCAGGCAGAUUUGGACUGCUGUAAAGCAACCGAACAUUUUCUUGCCUACUUUGUUCAUAUUCCUUUGGCAAGCAACACCACAGUCGGAUUCUGCCAUGUUUUAUUUCGUCACAAACAAGAUUGGAUUCACUCCAGAGUUUCUAGGGCGUGUCACACUCGUUACAUCUGUUGCAUCCUUGCUGGGCGUCGGAAUAUAUAAUUCGUUCCUGAAGGCAGUUCCACUAAGAAAAAUCUUUUUUGUGACAACAAUUUUAGGUUCUGUCCUUGGAAUGACACAGGUUCUGCUUGUCACUGGGCUCAAUAGGAAGCUGGGGAUAAGUGAUGAAUGGUUCUCCAUUGGGGAUUCCUUGAUCCUCACAGUCCUUGGUCAGGCUUCCUUCAUGCCUGUGUUGGUGUUGGCCGCGAGGUUGUGUCCCCUGGGAGUGGAAGCGACGUUGUUCGCCACUCUGAUGUCCAUUUCGAACGCGGGAAGUGUCGCUGGUGGUCUGGUGGGCGCGGGCCUAACCCAGUUUCUGGGUGUCACAAAGGACAACUUCGACAAUCUGGCUCUGCUGAUCGUGAUCUGCAACCUCAGCUCCCUGCUGCCUCUGCCUCUCCUGGGCCUCCUUCCAGAUGGAUCACCGGAUGCUGAUAAUGGGCAAACUAAAGUUGAUUGAAAUACUUGAGCUUCUCUUAGAGAUUAUAGACUCAGAGAUGGUCAGAUCCUGGCGUGAAAUCGACUACCAGGGUGAGACGAGAUGAGAACUGCAGAGAUAGUCAGAUCCUGGUGUGAACUUGAUUACCAGGGCAGACGAGAUGAGAACUGCAGCUAACUUUGGGCAUUUGCUGGCGUGGUGCACAGUUGAGCGUUGAGAAGAGCGCACCCCCAGCAGAAGGUUAAGUUCCAGAUGACCGCACACCACGCUGCUCUUACCUGUAAUAAAACUCUGCACCAUCGCAGUCAAGAUUCAUGGCAAUCUACAUGCAUUUGAUGAUGUUAGCUCGGCUGGGAAGAAGAUGUGUUGUCUUGCAUCACCUUUGAUGCCCUGACCUCUUUCUUAGGUAAAUUAAACGGGGUAGAUGAACGCGAAGACUAGCUGCACCAAUGACUGCAUGUAUAUACUACAUUAUCUCACUUUGCUAUGCAUGUAUAUACAGAUAUCCUUUCUUAAAGAAAGGAAACAAAUGUGGAAUGUGGAGCGAGUUUCGUACUGCUA